UUCAUCUCAUACAUUGGGCUGCCCCGCUCUGCGGACCUCGCCUCCACGACGGCCGCUCAUGCGUGGGUCAAGGCAAAUCCGACCGGCACUCGAUUCGCAUACAUGCUGUACGCCACCACCAAGAUCUCCAUGUGCAAUGCGGUGAUCAUGGCACACAACAUCCGCCGGCUGGGAACGCCGCCGUCCAUUGCCAUCGUCAUAUUGGCAUCUGUCAAGUUGGACAGCCAUCCCACGAGCGAGUGGUCGGCUGCGCUUGACGCUGCAAACGCUGUCCAGGUGCCAGUGGAGCCUUGGACAUCGAGUUCCCUUCAAGGCCGUUCCAGCGUGUGGUGGGAGUCCCUCACCAAGCUUCGCAUCUUCGAGGAGCGCGGGUACGACAAGGUCGUGUACUUGGACGCAGACAUGUGGCUCCAUCGCAACUUGGAUCACUUGUUUAUGCUAAAACGCAACAACGACGUAAACGAUGAUCCGCACGAGCCCCCGCCUCGUUCUCACCAGGCUACGCUUGACCAGCCUAAAGCCACCAGUACCGACGUCGAUUCGUCCAUGUUAUGGGCCCCACGGGCGUACUACAUAUCUCCCCAGCCAUUCUUUGCCUCGACGUUGAUGGUGUUUACUCCAUCUAACGCCCGCUUCCGUCAACUCUAUGACGCAGUGACCCAGUCCACCCGCCAAGACUACUUUGACAUGGACGUAUUGAACGAUGUUUGGGACCCUGUGACGUUCCUUCCGUCGCAUUAUGUCGUGCUCAACUCGGAACUCCUGAAUAGUCCGUCACUCGUGUUUGAGUUUGCAAACGCGUCGGACCGUAUCGCACACACGUACGCGCAUCAUUUCUCGGCCCUGCCAAACGGAACCUAUGGCAAGCCAUGGGAAGUUGACCGACCAGUGGGCCACAAGUGGCGCACCAAACGAAAGGCGGCACCGCUGUUUUAUCAGCUGUUCGACAUGUACUUGGACGCCAACGACAGGUUGUGUCCGUGGCUGCAACCACGCGAUGUAGGCAGGCACCCCCCGCAAGAUAGCUAGUGUUGCACUUGCUAUUUGGGGACAAGGGAUGAUUCUCUAAUUCAUAUGUAUACAUACAUACAUGUACACCA